GUCAAGACGUCCUUCCCACAGCUCAAACAGUCACAGUUUGGACUCUGAAAAACUCUACAAAAAUCUUGACUCCAUCUCUCGACGUGACUCUUCAGCCUUGCAGCCAAACUCCUACGAAGGGUCUCGAAGCCCCCGGCCCAGAACAGAUAAAAACCCUUCUCCAACCACUCGCAGUCGUGAUAGUCGUGAAUGCUCUCCCCCUAGAAGUGGCUAUGGUACACACAGCCAUUCAUCCCAAAGAGAAACCAAGCAUAGCGACACCAGACCUGACACAACACAGAGCUACUCAAGGAGACCAGAGAGGGUCGCUAGAGAGGAACGGACAGAGAUGCACCCCCCUAUAACCAACCCCAGCCCCCCUCAAGGCUCCUGGUGUGGCUCCUCCCACUCCCUACUAAGCUCUGCCCUCUCUUGUAGCUCCUCCCCACCACGACUAGGCAUCGACUCCCAGCUGCUUGCCAAUUCGUUGAAACCCCACGCUGCGACCGUGGAAACGAAUGAUAGGCCAAUCAGUGAUAGGAGCAAGAGUACUCUAAGGCGGGGCCUGGAGUACCUGUUGACCCGAGAGGAGCCCAAGAGAACCGCCUCAGUGGACUCCCAGGGGAUGACCAUAGAGGACUACGUCAUUCUGGCUGACAUCCCCAGACUGGACCUGGGGUCAGAGGGAGAGGGGGGAGAGGUGGUACUGGGCCAGAGGAGGAGGACCCAGAGCCCCAGCCCACGUAGAGACCAGAGGCACAGGACACCCAGGUAUGCAGAGGAAUCUGAUACCUACAGUACGAGGGUUGAGUCUGAUGAGAGAGGGAGGGGCAGAGAGAGGGGGAGAGACAGGAGGGAGAAAGAGAGGGAGAAAUAUCGCGACUCAGAGGACGGACGACUGUCCCGAACCCAGUCCACAACUGCGCUUCAGCCACAGAAUUCAAAUAAUCAAACUGCAAAGGGCCUCAGAUCUUCUAAACCGCGGAAGAGAGUUCUACCUGAAAAUACCCAAACACAGUCUGACCAAAAGGGCUGGAUGUCAAAACUGGAUGAAUAUGGGGGGUGGAGGAGAUACUGGUUUGUGAUGAGGGAUGCUGCACUGAGUUUCUACAUGGACUCUGAGGCUGAGGAGUCAGAUGACCUGGAUGGAGAGAUAGACCUGACGUCCUGUGUGAACGUCCAAGACUUUGACGUGGAGAAGAACUAUGGAUUCCAGAUACAUACAAAGAAGGCAGUGUUCACUCUUUCAGCCUCGACCUCCAGGAUCAGGAGGAACUGGGUUAAUGUGCUGAGACAGACUAUCCAACCCAGACACUCUCCAGACAUCACACCACAGUCAGACAGUGAAAGAGAAAACGGUCACUCUCGGCCUGUGUCGUCUCGCCAGCCUCCCUCUAUGCUCACCUGUGAAGACUCCGACCCUCGAACCACUAACUCCACCUCCAACCCUCGUCAAAUGGACUCUGUGGCCCCGGAUCUAAAUGACACCUCUCCCAAUAUGUCAUCAGACAGUCAGAGAGAGGCAGGGGAGGGCUCGGACAGAGAGCAAGCAAAGCGAUUGGAGGAGAGGAACAGAUGGUUUGAGGGAGGGAUCCCCUUCAGAGAGAUGGGCAACAGAUGGGACUCUCUGGAGCUGAAGAAAGGCAGCGUACCUGUACCUGACACUCACACCAUGGACGCGGACGUCAACAAUAAGUGGGUGGAGUUCGAGAGUUUAUCAUUCACGGAGAUGAGCGCGCUGUCUCUGAUUGGUGCACAGACUAAUCAGACCAAUCAGACGAUUCCCAAUCAGACGAUUCCCAAUCAGACGACCAGUGCAACGGCCCUACAGAGGGAGGCGCUAUCACUCAGGCAGCAGGUGGAGUGUCUGCGUAAGGAGCGUGUGGAGAUGGGGAUGGAGGUGGACAGUCCGUGUGGCCCUUGGGCCCCCUGUGGCCAGCGUCUGGAGGCCAUGGAGGCGACCCACCGCAGGGCCCUGAUGGAGCUCCAGGAGAGCCAUGCCAGGGAGGUCGGAGAGCUGCAGAGACAGAGAGACAGACUGCUGCAGGAGGAGAGCCAGUCCACGGCACAAGCGGUUGAGGCCCUGAAGGAGGCUCACAAGGAGGAGCUGGAGAGGGAGGUGGAGAAGGCCAGGAGGAUGGCUGGAGGGGGUGGCCAUAUGGAUACUACGUACAGAGGACAGACACCCCAGGCUGAUGCCCUCCACAGUGAGUUGGACGUUCUGUCAGAGAGAUAUUCCCAGAAGUGCCUGGAGCUGAACCGGGCCGAGCAGAGCGGAGGAGACAGAGAAACAGAGCUGAGCCGGAAGGACAGAGAGAUGGAACAGCUCCGCAGAGAGAACCAGGAACUGCAGGCUCGUCUGACUGAGGAGAUCAGCUGCAUGCGCCACUUCAUCACAGGUCAAAGGUCAGGAAACGUCUCCCCUGGCAACUGUGAGCGCAGUCCCUCGGAAUUGGAAAUGCUGCUACGAGCAAAGGAGAUUGAGGCUGAGUACCUACAAAAAGAGAUCGGCUGUCUAAGGAAUGAAGUGCGGUCUCUAACUAAGGAGAAGCAGAGUUUGUGUGACCGCUACAAGGAGGUGUAUGUGGAGCUGAUUGGGAUGAAAGGUCGCAGUGAGCUGGAUAUCAGGGACCUCAGGGAGCACCUCCGACUGGCUAACGCAGCACUGCAGGAAGGUGGAAAGGACACCUGAGACUGGCAAAUGCAGCGCUGCAGGAAGGGGGAAGAGAUAACAGAGUUGGUGGAUGGAUAGUUGGAUACCUGCUGUGAAGAACCAAGAAGCCAUACAAUAGCACAAUGUUGGUUCUUCGUUAUGGCUGGCUGUGGUUAGCCUGGAAUUCUCCAAACUGAUAUGCUCAGUGGUGAAAUAGAGCACAUCAAUCUGGAUUCCAGGCUAGGCUGUGGUUGGAGUUAUAAGACCAAAGAAAGCAUGUUUUAUAGAAUGACAGGGACAAUCACGAAAAUAACACCAAAGAACAUACAUCAACAGGUGUGGUUUUUUUUUUUACACACGUAGACUUUUUAUUGUGUAAAUAAUAAGACACAUGCAAGCAAGAGUGAAGUCUGACUGUGCUGUGACCUCCCAAUUAUAUAAAAUAAUAUGUAGUAAUCCAUGGCAAGGAGGUGAAAGUGGGACUAAAAGGGAAGAGAGAGAGAGAAAAGGCGAUGGAGAGG